AUGCUGUCUUCACCAAGCUGUGCGGGACGACGCAUCUGGAACGGCAUCGACUGGGAUGUUUGUUUCCAGCAGAACGUGCUCAACUCGUUUAUACCUUUGGCGCUCAUUUUGUUCUCCUUCCUCUCUCUUGUCCUGCAUCAGAUCCGCAGACGUCGUGCGCUCACCGCCUCUGCCAAGCACGUAGCAAGCCUCGACCCAGCAGCUUCUUCCUUUUCUGCUGUCCUACAUGCCUCAUCAGCUCAACAACCAUCUUCCGUACAGCGUCCAGUCGCCUCUAUACGCUUGGUAUCUUCUCGCGGACUCGCCGGUCUUGCUCGACGCCUGUUGAGUACUAUUCUUCCCUGGAACUCUUCCCGCAUCCUCCGUAGCGACAGUGUCUCCUCCGUCUACUCAUCAACAUUGCCCUUCGCAUCGACCAACGGAUCAUCUAAAGCCGCUCCUUCCGCCGCCGCCGCCGCCGCAGCAGCAGCGUCUCAAGCCGCACUGGAAGUCUUUCACACCGAAAACGCUGUCAUUCUCAACGAGGUGCAUCUCACCCCUCCCACCUCUCGCGAUCCUAAAUUCGCUCGACGCCUCCUUCAGCUCGAGUUGCUGCGUCGGAUCGUCGAUGUCUUUGGCUCCAUCUUGCUGGCGGCGCUUCACGCUGGAGAUUGGGCCACCGGCUGGCAUUCUAGAAGCUAUCAAAUCUACUGGGCUACUCUCUGGUUCUACCUCGCCUCGAUAUCCGCUUACUCGCUCGCAUCCAAGCACUCCUUCUUCUCACACAAGGCGACGCUCAUGUCGGUCUAUGUGGCUGUCGCUCUCUUCAAUCUGCGCACCGCGCUUUUGAAUCACUACGCACAUCCACAGCUCCACACGCGCGGAGCUGUGGUACUCACCGCGAUCGAGCUUCUUGUCGGCUGCAUCGUCUUGGCACCCACUCUUACCUUCCCAAUUCAGACGGUUCUCCCUCGCGACCUUCGAGCAAUUUACACUACCAUGUCGCCAGAGACGCAACACGGCAUUCCGGGGACUGCCUUCCCAUCGCCCCGCCUUGACAGCGUAGACCGUCUCGCACAACCGUGCGCCACGGACGUCAAUCCGGACACGCCAACCAGCGAGCUCAUCCCUGCCCCAGAGGAGACCGCCUCGCUUCUCUCUCGUGCCACGUUUGGCUUCGUCACCCCCGCCAUAGUCAAACAUUACAGGACCCAAUUCACGCUGGCUGCCAUUCCGGAUCUGCCUGUAGCCGACAAGGCUGCUGCCGUUGUCGCCUGCUUCCGUGCUUACACCUCAACCCAAUCCGAUGAUGCCCCAACUCCACCUGCUGCUUCGCGCAAACCACCCAAGCACGGUCUGCACGCUGGUCUCUCGCCUUCCACUCGACCGCUCUGGCGACGCCUUUUCGGUCAUUUCAAGUGGUUCCUCGCUCUGCAAUUCUUCUGGGCAACCCUCGAGGCGGGUCUGAACCUUGUGCCACCCUUUUUCCUGCAAAAGAUUCUUGCCUUCAUUGCUGCGAGAGACGAACAGCGCCGCAGCGGGGACUAUCGCGAUGCUCAGCCCCUCCAUCUCGGCAUUCUCUACGCUUUCGGCAUGUUUGUCGGUCAGAUUUUCGCCUCGAUCUCGGCUUCACGAGCUCUCUUCAUCGGUAGGCGUAUUUGUAUCCGUCUGCGUGCUAUUCUGAUCACCGAGAUCGUCACCAAAACGCUCCGACGCAAAGAUAUCGGAAGCACCGGCGACAAGGAUGAUACAGACAAGGCUGCCGACGCCGAACAGGCGCACGACAACUCGAGCGCCGCCGCCAAGAAGAAGGCUAACGCCGACGCGGCAAAGGACGCCAAGCACUCGACAACGCCCAAACGUGCCACCGACGGCCAGGUCGUCAACCUCAUCUCGGUUGACGUCUUCAAGGUGUCCGAGAUCUGCGCCUAUCUGCAUUUUCUCGCUCCACGUGCACCGCUCGUUAUUGGCCUUUGCCUUGUCUACCUGAUCGCGCUUCUUGGCUGGUCGGCCGUGAUCGGUUUCCUUGUACUGCUUGCUUCGCUUCCCAUUCAGACGCUCGUCUCGCGUUGGUUUGUCAAGCUGCAGAAGCGUCUGCUCGAAACCACCGAUCAGCGUCUUAACCUGGCCACAGAGGUGCUCGGCUGCAUCAAGACUGUCAAGUUCUUCGCCUGGGAGCGUUCGUUUAAUGCCCGCAUGGACGAGGCGCGUCAGCGCGAACUCCAAGUGCUCGCUACCCGCUACUUGGCCUGGCUCUGCAAUACGUUCACCUACAUGGGCACGCCCAUGCUUGUCACUUGCGCCACCUUUGGCGCCCACACCAAACUUUUCCAUCAGCCUCUUACUGCCGAAAAGGCGUUCACCGCUUUGGCGUUGUUCAACACACUGCGCAACCCGCUCGAUGCGCUUCCCGACAUGAUUGUACAGAUCCUCAACUCGCUCGUCUCGGUGCGACGCAUCGACACAUAUCUGCGCGAGGAGGAGACGAAAAAGUACCAGCAGCUUCUCCGCGAUGUUGACGCCAGCGAUCUGGCUGAUUUCGAGGGAGACAGCUCAGACGGCGGAGCCUGUGCAAGCUCAGCAGCGUACCAUGAGGGCCGUUUGAUUGGGUUCGAGGAUGCUAGCUUUACCUACGUCGAUGAAGAUAGCGAGUUGGACGAAGGCGCUUUCUGCCUGCGCGAGAUCAAUUUGCGCUUCCCCGUCGGUAAGCUGAGCAUUAUCGCCGGUCCUGUUGGCUCUGGCAAGACAACUCUGCUCUUGUCGCUGCUAGGCGAAACGCGUCAGCUGAGUGGACGCACGUUUAUGCCAUGUCCAGUAGCUCGCGCCACGGCUCCGAUCGACCGCGCUACCGGCUUGAGCGAGUCGGUGGCGUACUGCAGUCAGAGCCCCUGGCUGCUUGGCACAACGCUCAAGGAAAACGUGCUGUUCGGCUCUCGCUACGACGAACGUCGCUACCGUGCCGUCGUCAAGGCUUGUGCUCUCGAGCCCGAUCUGAAGAUGCUCGAGUAUGGCGACGAGACCGAAGUCGGCGAGAAGGGCACGUCCUUAUCCGGUGGGCAAAAGGCUCGAAUCGCACUAGCACGAGCGCUCUAUUCAUCUGCCAAGCACGUCCUCAUCGACGAUGCGCUUUCAGCUGUCGACAGCCACACGGCCAAGCACCUCUACCGUCACGCGCUCAAGGGUGCGCUCGCCAAGAACCGAACCAUCAUUCUCGUCACGCACGCCAUCAGUCUCUGUCUGCCAGGUUCUGCCUUCGCUGUCGCCAUGGACAACGGCAGCGUCGUGGUGGCAGGUACGCCGGACGUUGUUAAUGCAACUGGCGUCUUUUCGGAGGAAGGAGAGGCUCUGCAGUCCAGUCUAAAGGCCGCCGACGCAGUUGAGAACGGCAACGAGGAGAUGACGAUCGAAGAGCUUGCCGCUGGAGGCAGUGACGAGGCAGAGCGAGAGGAAAUGGCCAAGAAGCUGGAAAAGAAAAAGGCACACACCAACGAGGAGACGUACAGUUCUGGCGCUGUAGGUACCAAGAACUACGGCUUGUAUUUGGGAUCGGUAGCUAGCAAGACGCGAUAUGCGGUGCUUCUCUGGGGCUCGCUUCUUGUUUUCUUCUUUGCUGUGCGAUUGCUCGACAUUGGCUCGGGCGCCUGGCUCAUGAGAUGGGCCAAGUCGCACGACUACCGCGAGGAGACCGCUGACAUCCGUGUAGCUGCUGUCGGUGGGGCACAGCAGCGUACAUUCGGCUCUACAUCCGAGCAGAUUCGGACGUUCAUGACAACUCCGCUCAUUGACACGAUCUGGACCAACCGACCGUCGUUGUUGGGCAAUCUGCGCCUGGACAAUGUUUUGCAUCGCUUGGCGGACCGCUUGGCCGGUGCCAACCAACUACAAACCCACCCAGCGGCUUCGUUCGCCGACACGCUGACCAGCCACUACUCUGCCGCUGAAGGUUUCCAUGGACAGCGCGUACUCUCACUAGGCUUGGUCAACAGCAGCAAUGUGUCAAAGAGGGGCAUGGACGCCGUGUUGACACGUCUGAAUAACGGUUACUCACGCGGCACGAGUGGCGACCUGGAUACGUUCUACCUUAGCGUCUACUUGGCCAUUUCGCUCGGGUUUAUGACCAUGGCGGUGUUGCGAGAUGGAUACGAGUUCUUUAUCUCGCUCCGAGCUUCGCGGCGUAUCUACCGACGACUCACGGAUGCCAUUUUAAAUGCGAGACCGCAAUUCUUCGAUCGAACGCCGGUGGGUCGUAUCAUGAACCGGCUGUCAAAGGAUGUCGAGACGGUAGACCAGGAGAUGGCGGUGUGCAUGCUGUUCCUGCUCGAGUGCACACUGACGGCCACUGCGAUCUUGGUUUUGAUCUGCUGGGCUACGCCCAUCUUUCUGGUGGUGGCGCUCAUCGUGAUCUGCGUAUACACGGUGAUUGGAGCGCUGUACCUGGUAAGCUCGCGCGACCUGAAGCGCAUCGAAUCGGUGGAACGAUCGCCAAUCUACACGGUGGUCGGCGAGGUGCUCAACGGAUGUGUUACGAUUCGCGCGUACGGCGACGCGGGGCGUUUUACUCGACACUGCCUGCGUCUGGUGGACAAGGCGAACCGGGCAUUCUUCUUCCUUUGGUACGAGAAUCGAUGGCUGUCGGUGCGCGUCGACAUUGCGGGAGCGUCGGUGGCGUUCCUGUCGGCGGUAUUCUUGCUGCUUCGAACGGACAUCAAGGCGAGCUUGGCCGGGUUUGUACUCGCAUACGCUAUCACAUUUGUGGAGUCGGUGCUGUGGAUCGUACGCAUGUAUACCCAGACCGAGAUCAACAUGAACAGUGUGGAGCGUAUUAGCGAGUAUCUGAAUCUGGAGCCGGAGCGUCAGUCUGGACAGGAACCUCCAGCGUACUGGCCUAGCAGCCAAGGCAGAAUCGUGAUCAAGAAUCUGGCGGUUCGGUACACGCCCGAGUUCCCUCGCGUUCUGGAUGGGAUCAACCUGGAGUUUGAGCCCAGAGAAAAGGUGGGCAUCGUGGGACGAACCGGAUCGGGCAAGUCGACGCUUGCACUGUGCUUUUUUCGCUUCCUCGAGGCGGAGGAGGGAUCGAUCGAGAUUGACGGUAUCGACAUCGCAUCCAUCCCGAUCCGUACGCUGCGGGAGAGGCUGACGGUGAUUCCGCAAGAUGCACAGCUGUUUAGUGGUACGGUGCGAUCCAACCUGGAUCCGUUCCAUGUGUAUGAGGACAGCGAGCUGUGGAUGGCUCUGGAAAGGUGUCGAUUGGCGUCGUUUGCCACGCCAGCAGUGUCGCGUGCCGUGAGCCGCGCGCCGAGUCGACCUGGAUCGCCAGGAGCCGAGGAGGACGCCGAGAUGUACGGUCGAACCAACAUCAUCACGUCGCUGGAUGCGCCCGUGGAGCAAGGUGGACGCAACUUUUCGGCAGGUCAGAAGCAACUUCUUGCUCUGGCGCGUGGACUUCUCAAGCUUCGCGACAGUCGAGUCCUGGUGCUGGACGAGAGCACAGCGAAUCUGGACUCGGCUUCAGACGCACAGAUUCAAAAGACGAUCCGUCAAGAAAUGGCACCGCAAGCGACAAUCAUUACGAUUGCCCACCGGAUCAAGACGAUCGCAGACUACGACAAGAUUGUUGUGCUGGGCAAGGGCAAAGUGAUCGAGUGCGGAACCCCAUUGUCGCUGAUGGAGGAGGAAUCGAGUGUGUUCCACUCCAUGUGCGAGCAGAGCGGUGAAAUGGGCGAACUGCUUCGGAUUGCCAAGCAGGCCGAGGAGCAGCGAUCUUUGGUGCGCAGCACGUAG